UGAGUAGGCUAAAUGCUAUGCCAGCUUGAAUGCGCCCAUAGUGUGAUAUUUGAGAGACAAGUGACUGGUUCAAACUGAAAAAGAUUGAUGGAGGAGCCAACGCGACAGGAAGUGCAUGCGAAGGAAAAAUCUAGCGUGUCCAAAAACGAUGAUGGUACAGCGCAAAUUAGUGAAAAUGCAUUGGAUUCGAGUAUCGAUCUAAAUUAUGAUGUUUUGAGAAUUAUCUUUGAAUAUUUAAAUGGCAGGAAUCUGGCGAGCGCUGCGAUGGUUUGCAAAUCUUGGUUAGAAGCUGCUAAUGAAGAAAAAUGGACAAGAGGUCCUUGUUGUUUCAAAUUUCAACAAUAUACACAAUACAAUAAUUUUGUAUAUAUACCAUCAGAGUUUAUAGAUAGUAUCAGAGAUAUAAGAAUUAAACCAUCAGCAGGUUUUUUUUUUAUUCCUGAUGAAGUCAUACCAACCGGUAUAAAAGUAAUUGUAGAGGCUUUGCUACCUAAAAAUUGUGAAAUUAUAAUAUUGGGUACUAACAAUAUUAUAAUAGGUGAAAAAAUGAUACAUUAUUCAUCUGCAAAUAUGGUAUGUGCGUUUUUACCACAAAUCCCGAACGUGAGAGUGAAAUCAUUUAAAAUACCAGAAAAUUGUAUCAUACGGAAAACAGCUGAAUAUCAGGAGAUAAUUAGCACAAUUGUUAAUAAUGAAACAUCCACCUCGAAUCACGAGACAUGUUUUAUGUUAUUUUGUAAUUUAUGGGGUCGUAGCAGAGCAAAACGUUGGGCCUCGACCAUACGAGAAAGACUUAGUAAAGAAAAUGAAAUAAUUUCCGUAUGGGGUGGUGUGGUGAAAGACCUUUAUGCACAACGUGCACAUACUGGCUUGUGCAAAGGACAAAAAAGGAGAUUCGAAUUUUUUGAAAUGCACUACUACUAUACACCACGUUGUUUCGCCGUUCUAAUUACUGGCUCUGUACAGACAUGGUCCACGAUUUUGGAAAGGAAAUGCAAUACAAAAGAGCUAAUCGAAGCGAGAUUAAAGUUAUUUAAGGACAAAGUGAAGUUAAAAAAACAUUCCAUAGGAUUUACCUUCAUGAGUCCACAAUGUGGAGCUGAUAUUCACGAUAAAAUCAAUGAAGAAUCAAUAGCAUUCAAAAGAUUAUUCCCCAAAGUACCCUUGGUAGGCUUAGUCGGUGAUGAUGAAUUUUGUGGCGUGUUCGGAAAAACUACUGCCGUCGAUGAGGUGAACGAAGAAAGAAACGAUAAAAAGAAACAAAAUUGUGAGAAAUCUAAAUCUUGGUUUAAUGACUCUACUGUAUUUUUGAUACUUACGUAUGGUUAACGUUUUUAAAAAAAAUACAUAUGCUAUGUGUUGCAAACAUAUUUUAUCACUCGUACAUUACUAGAUUUAGAUCUCGUGUUCACCAAUUUUUUUUGUUAUUAACGAAACAAUGAAAUAAUCGUUCGACAUUGACAGAACAAAAACAUACAGUAUAACGAAUGUCGUAGCAAUAAAUCUAAGUACAGAAAUUUAUAUCUUAUUCUAGAUGUAAUAUCUAUGAAUGCGUUUUGUACGAGUCUUAAAAUGAUGUUAUUGAUGAAUACAAGGAAAAACAAGUUACAAUUUAUGAUAUUACAUAUGUUUGUACUGAUAUUAUACGUUUGUACUAUAUAUAUUUUGCAUAUUUUU